AUGACACUUAGUCGUGUGUCUGGUGGUUCUGGCAGAGAAUCAAUAUCAGUUUUAGCCUACAUUUCUGCAAAUGGAUCUUUCUUGUCGCCCUUUAUGCUCUUCAAGGGUAGUGCAGUACAAGCACGAUGGACGUCUGAAAAUGCUUAUCCUGGAACGCUUUAUUCAACAUCUAAAAAUGACUGGAUGGAAGAACCAUUAUUUUUCAAUUGGUUUGAGACUAUGUUUAUUAGAAAUAUUGAAACAUUAAGAAUUUUAAAAAACAAACCCAACCAAACUGCUGUUUUAUUAUUUGAUGGUCAUUGUUCUCAUAUCAGUUUACGUAAUUUAAAUUUGGCAAUUGAUAAAAAUAUAGCUUUAGUAAAAUUUCCCAGUCAUCUUACUGACCGAAUACAACCAUUAGACAAAUGUGUUUUUGGUCCUUUAAAAACAGAGUGGAACAAAUUAUUGAUCAAGUUUGGUAAGCAAAUGGUAGGAAAAACUAUUGGCAGAUUAACAAAAUGUAAAUUUUCUGAAAUCCUUGGUGCACUUUUGGUCAACAUCGAUGAAACAGUAUCUGGGUUUGUGUUUACUGGUUUAUUUCCUCAUGAUAAAACCAAAUUUCCUGAGAAUGAAUUUGAUACUAUUGACUUAAAAAAUUACUAUACAAACCUACAUAAUGACAAUUCUGAAGAAAAUAAUGCAGCAUUAAAUAAUGAACUUAAUCUAGAAACAAGUGAUACAGUAAAUCCAAAUAUAGAGGAGCCCACGCAUUCUUCACUGUCAACAAAUCUUCAAGCAUCUUCAUCAAGUAUCAGCCAAGAAGUUUCAUUUUCUAUUGAUAUUGAAAAUACUUCUUCCAAUAGUUUUAGCCCAAGAGAUAUAAUUGGAUUUUUUUCAAAUCAACUUUUACAGUAUAAACAACAAAACCCUUCUACUACUGACGUAGCUAAGACACCAAUCCCAAGACUGAAAACUGCUAGGUAUGGAAAAGUUUUAACAACAACAGAAGUAUUAAAUAGACUAAAGGAAGCUCAAGAAAAAAAAAUAUGA